CAAUUCAGCUUGAGAUUUUUUUUCCGAGUACAGGGAGCUUGAGGCAAUUUUCCCAACUGUAUUAACAGUCACACUCUCUGCUCUGCUAGACCACGUUAAUCCUAGCUCCCCUUUCAAACAAACCACAGCAAAUAUCUAAUUUUUACUUUGUUCCUUCACCAAUCAUGAACCAGCGGACCAUCAGAACUCAAGUCCCUUGUCUGUUUCUUGAUUUCACAGAAUCCAACAGCAAAUUCUCAUGUCAUGUAUAUAAAGCCUACAUUUUUCUUUACUCCAAUGAGGCAGACAGAAUCCAACCCAUAAAAAGAAAAGGAAAAAAGAAAUCAAUCUUUUUCAAGAACCCCAUAAAAGGCCAAUCUUCAUAAAACCCAUAUCUUAGUUUCUUCAAACUCAGCCUGAGAACCUAUCAGCAAGAACCAAUCUUUUUCAAGAAAUCAAUCACAGCACUAAUUUCUCGGCAAAACCCAGGUGCUAAUUUUGUUCAAGAUGAAGACUUCUUUUCAGACUUCUUCUUCUUCUUCUUCUUCUUCUUCUUCUUCUUCUUCUUCAACAACGCCAUCAUCUGUUCUCCCUCAAAAGACCCCAGACCUCACAGAGCAUUAUACACUUGGCGAGGAACUUGGCAAAGGUUCAUAUGGCACUGCUUACCACUGCAUUGACAAAUCAAAUGGCAAAGAAUAUGCUUGCAAGUCAAUUUUAAAGAGAAAUCUCAAUUGCAAAGAGUAUGAUUAUGUUCUGAAUGAGAUCGAGAUCAUGCAUCAUGUCUCUGACCUUUCGAAUGUGGCCAGAAUCAAGGAAACUUAUGAGGAUUCUGAGUCUGUUCAUUUGGUGAUGGAGCUUUGUGAAGGUGGUGACUUUUUUAAAAGAAUUAUAAACAAGGGCCCUUGUGCUGAGAAGAAGGCUGCAAGCUUGAUUAAGACUAUAGUUGAAGUUGUGGAAGGUUGUCACUCUCUUGGGGUGAUGCAUGGAGAUCUUAAGCCAGAGAAUUUCUUGUUUGUGAGUAAUGAUAAGGAUUCUUCACUCAAGGCUAUUGAUUUUGGGUCAUCGGCUUUUUAUAAUCCUGGUGAUAUAUUAUGCGAUGUAAUUGGGACUUCUUAUUAUGUUUCACCAGAGGUAGUGGAGAAACAUUAUGGCCCAGAGGCAGAUGUAUGGAGUGCUGGAGUGAUCUUAUACAUUUUGUUGUGCGGUGACUUUCCUUUUUAUGCAGAUGACGAGGAUGAGACCUUCAAGCAGAUCUUAGAAGGGCGUUUGGAUUUUGAAUCUGAUCGAUGGAUACCCAUUUCUGACAGUGCUAAAGACCUGCUACGUAACAUGCUAAAUGUAGAUCCAACGAGAAGAUUUACGACUCAUCAAGUUCUCUGUCACCGAUGGAUUCUUGAUGCUGCUGGAGUUCCUCCUAAGAAACCUUUGGAGUCUGCUGUUUUAUCACGAAUGAAGCGGUUCUCAGCAAUGAAGCAAUUAAAGAAGAUGGCCCUGAGAGUUAUAGCAGAAAGGAUGUCAGAGGAAGAGACGGGGGGCCUAAAGAAACUAUUCAAAAUGUUUGACACAGACAAUACUGGGAUAGUAACAUAUGAUGAGCUAAAGGAGGGUUUGAAAAAAUUAGGCUCGAAUCUGAUCGAUUCUGAAAUCCAGGCUCUUAUGGAUGCGGUUGAUAUGGACAACAACGGAACAUUAGACUGUAAUGAAUUUCUUGCUGCGACACUUCACCUGAAUAAGUUAGAGAAAGAGGAGAACUUGAGGAAUGCUUUCUCCUUCUUUGACAAAGACGGGAAUGGCUACAUCACCAUCAAUGAUCUCUCACAAGCGUGUACUUAUUUGGACAUCAGCAAUGUCAAUCUUGAUGAAAUGAUCCAAGAGAUCAACCAAAACAAUGAUGGGCAGACAGAUUAUAGUCAGUUUGCAUCUAUGAUGAGAAAAGAACUGCAGGAAAUGAUGUCUUGAGAGAUGCAAAACAUUAAACAGCUCGGAGAAAACAUUGUACAAAAAGGAAUUCAGAAUGUUGUAUGGGUACUUCAAGGAAACCUGCUGCUUGCGUUUUGAUGAGUUACUGUGGAGCAAAGUUUUGGGUGAUGUGCUAUACGUAUCUCCUAUUCAGUGGCUAAAGACAGAAACUGCAUGAUGUACAGAAUAUUGUCAUGACAAUGAUUUAGACAUAUCUCCUAUUUUCAGUUUGCAGGCGUAAAUUGGUCUUUAAGAUGUAGGAAUGAUUUAGUAUUUGAAUAACACUUUAGAUAAAUUAGUUGAUUUCAAGCUGACUUUAAUGCUGCAACCAGACUGUGAUGCAUUUGUUGAGAGGAAAUGGGGUUGAAAAUUCUGUUCACUGGUUCAGUGAGUCAUUUCAUCUAAAAAUCUAAA